AUGAGCAAAAAGGAGAUUGUCAACCUACAUUCUAUCUCUCUCUAUCUAUCUAUCUCUCUCUUUCUCUCAUUCGCUAACUCAUUCUCAUUCUCUCACACUCUCUCUUAUUCUCUUCCUCUCACACUCUUUAUCACUCUCUUUCUCUCACGCUCUCUAUCUCUCUCACUCACUCACACUCUCUAUCUCUCGCACACACUCUCUUUCUCUUACACUGUCUAUUUCUCUCUCUAUCUCACUCACUCACUCUCACUGUCUCACAGACUAUAUCUCUCAAUCACUCUCUUUCGCUCACACUCUCUCUCUCUCACUCACCCACUGUCUUUCUUUCACACUCUCCCACUCACUUACUCACUCUCUCUUUCUAUCAAACUCUAUAUUUCUCAAACUCACUCUCUUUCUCUCACACUCUCUGUAUAUCUCUCACUCACUCACUUUCUCACACUUUAUCUCUCUCUUUCUCUCAGUCUCUAUCUCUCUAUCAUCUCUAUCACUCACUCUCUUUCAAACUCUAUCUCUCUCUCACACUCAUUCACUAUCUUUCUAUCAUAUUCUCUAUUUCUCUCUCUCUCUCUCACACACACACACACACACACACACACACACACACACAAGAACCUCGUGUCUUCCUAUCUCGGCAUUUGA